AUGUGCAUUAAGUAUAGUGGUAUCCAGCGUAUAUUUGAAAAACCAACAUUUGUAUACAAGCUGUACGAAUAUCAUGACAUUCACUUUGGUAGUCGCCUUCUUAAUGUUAGUCUGUACGGAAUACACGGAUCGGAUUCUUGUUGGCCUGGCACCUGUUUAGUAACUGGGAUGAACGCUUUUUACGCCUGGUAUGCAUGGAUAAUACUCGACUCUUCUAUAGUUUAA